AUGCGUCUUCAGCAAACGUUCACAAUGUUUUUCCUCGUCGGCCUUCUGCCCAUCUUCAUCCAUGGCUUCGAUCUCGUGCCCGACCAUGUGGUAGACAGUUACCUUCAGUCGCUCUCUGGCCAACAAUUCGCGUUUACGGUUCCACACGCGACGAAUAUUGGCGCAGUGGAGAUCACCAGAAUCGGAAGUGUGCGUCGUGCCUGUCCCACGACGAAGAAGGCAAUUAACGAGAAUGGGAUCCCGUUGGUCGAGGUUGGUGCCUGUCUAGGUGUGACAGAUGUUGCAGUUAGCCUACCAAAACUCGGUUUCAGCAUGUCAGCAAAUCGAUCGGCUGAUGCGGAAACCUAUAAAAGUUUGCUUUGUGACUAUCUUCUGUUAGAUCUUAUCUGGCAGGUUCGAGAGCAUCAAGUAAACAUGCAAGUGUGCGCUGUCUUCUUCCUGCUCUGCCUCCUACCCAUCGUCAUCCAUAGCCACCGUUCCCAUACCGGCUCGGUAGAGGAGAAGUCUCUGGAGUCGUUGCAUUUCGGCUGGAUGAAUUCAGAGAUUGCCAAGAUGGUGCGCCUCGGGCACGUACGGGUGCUCAAAUUGGGCGAUGUCACGCCUGCCUGUCAGACGACGGUGAAGAAAUCUUCGGAGGGUGGGGUGGUGACGCUAGAUUUCACCUCGUGCUUCAGAGUGACCGACGCUAAAAUUGAACUGCCGGAUCGCUCAGUGAAUGCGACAAUCGACAACGCGACAUUUGUCUUCGCCUUGCACGUCGCGCUUGCCAACAACACGGCACCACGCCUGGUCAUUCAACUUCCGGUAUGGAGGGGCGUGAAAGUCAAAGGGCCCUUCUUCUCGUCGCUCAUGCCAGAGUUGGUGCUGAAGAGUAGUGGCAUCGUUGAGUACAUCCUGCAGAGUGUGGUGGACUCGGCCAUUGGGAAAAUCAAUUGGGAAAGUCUUCUAGAUUGA